UCAAUAAAAAUCAAAGCUUUUUUGCUUUUCAUUAGUUUUUGUUUGAAUAAAAUUUUGGUGUAAAUAUGGAUAAAACUGAGCAACAAGAGGUCCCAGCAGGAUGCUGCUUCCCCCUUGCCUCCAGAAAGGGCAGCUUCAAGAUUGUCAAGACCAUUUCUGACAGAUUCGGCGGCAGAUCAGAUCAUUCAGACAACGGCUCCUCGAGAUCAUUCUCCUUCGGGAAGAGGAGGAGCUUCAAGAAGAGUGGCAACUUAGUUGUCUGCUUCGGGGAGCUGCUGAUUGAUUUCGUGCCAAACGUCGCCGGAGUUUCUCUGGCGGAAGCUCCCGGCUUCAAGAAGGCCCCCGGCGGCGCUCCGGCCAAUGUCGCCGUCGCGAUCUCCCGCCUGGGCGGGUCCUCAGCGUUCGUCGGCAAGGUUGGGGAAGACGAGUUCGGACACAUGCUGGCGGACAUUCUGAAAGAGAACAAUGUGGACAACUCCGGCAUGCGAUUCGACAGCCACGCCAGGACAGCGUUGGCCUUUGUGACUCUCAGAGCCGACGGGGAGCGUGAGUUCAUGUUCUUCCGCAACCCCAGCGCUGACAUGCUUCUUUCCGAGCCUGAACUCGACAAGGAUCUCAUCAAGAAGGCAAGGAUCUUUCACUAUGGAUCCAUCAGCUUAAUCGACGAGCCCUGUAGAUCCACGCAUCUGGCUGCCAUGGACGUCGCCCGAAAGGCCGGCUGCAUCCUGUCAUAUGACCCCAACCUCCGCCUCGCUCUCUGGCCAUCCGCCACUGCUGCCCGAGAAGGCAUAAUGAGCAUAUGGAACCAGGCAGAUGUUAUUAAGAUCAGUGAGGAUGAGAUCACAUUCUUGACCGACGGAGACGAUGCCUAUGACCACAAUGUUGUCAUCAACAAGCUGUUCCACCCAAGUCUCAAACUCUUGAUCGUAACCGAAGGCUGCGAAGGCUGCAGAUACUACACAAAGUCUUUUCACGGGAGGGUUAAUGGAGUUAAAGUGCAAGCAGUUGACACCACAGGUGCCGGCGACGCAUUUGUUGGUGGACUGCUCAAUAGCCUUGCUGCAUACCCUCAAUUAUACAAGGAUGAAAAGAAGCUUCGAGAAGCUCUGUCCUUUGCAAAUGGCUGUGGAGCGAUCACUGUAACAGAGAGAGGAGCCAUCCCAGCAUUGCCCACCAAAGAAGCUGUUCUUAAGUUCCUCGAAGGCCCCAAAGCUUGAUGACUAUAUAUAUAUAUAUUGUGUAUAUAAUCUAUAUAUGCAUUCAUUUUUGUGUAUUGCAGCUGUGCUCUUGACAUCUGAGGAAGAAUAAUUAAUUAAUUAAUGUGUAUUGGUCAUAACAUCUCGUUGUAAUUGCACCCAAAAACAUC